AAACGAACGACAGAUGAGCAUCUAUAGCCUACAUAUUCCCGCGGGACAAGUUUAUUAAUCAGGCGCGAACAAAUGCGUCCCAAACACGCAGGCUCGAGCUUGCGUGUGACACGAGCCCACGUCUUCGCUUGUUGCCCCUUUAAAAAUCAGAAUUCAAGGCCAAUGAUUUAUCAAACUCCUAUUAUCAAGAAAAUGUCACGCGAAGGGCACCUUGCUAUGCACUGACGCAAACCCGAUCUUUCCCACAGAGAUAUAGAAAGCUUUGCACUUAGCACAGCCAAAUUCAGUCUGCCUACAGACUGUACAGCUGUUUUUUUCUGCCUUUGACCUGUAUACCUGCACUCUGCACAAAUGGAUUUCUCCGAUCAAAAAGAUAUGUUGAGACAACCUGCGAACAGUCCCGCUGGUUUUGGCUCACCUUACCAGCCGGAAGGGGCGGUUGGAGUUACAACUAACAAACCAGAGAAUGGUCAUAACCUACCUUCCGACUCGCAUCCAGCGCCACAACCACCGCCGGUCAACGAAAGGAAAACUUUCUGUCCAACAGAAAAUAAACCUGGAGAAACGGAUUCCAAUAAGGUCUAUGGGACGUUUAAAAACGCGGCACCAGCGGUGCCUGUUCAUUCUGCUCUCCACAUGGAUUCCGCUGGUACCGCGCCGCCUCAGACGGAUGGUACAACCGUUCACGGGAAAGCUAUGUCCGAUCCAAUGGCUAAUCAAGGUGCCAUGAAUAGCACUACGGAGCAAAACAAUGCCACCGGCAAUUGGACAACUAUGAGCCAGACCACCAUCAUACUGGGCACAGAUGGCAAUACGUCUGUAAUGCCUGGCACAGUAACCGGGGAGGAUGACGAUGAUGACGAGAGUGGAGAUGAGAAUAAGGCCAGGGGAAACUGGUCUAGUAAAAUGGAUUUCAUCCUGUCUAUGGUUGGCUAUGCAGUGGGCUUGGGAAAUGUGUGGAGAUUUCCCUACCUUGCUUUCCAGAAUGGAGGAGGUGCUUUUUUGAUUCCAUACCUGACAAUGUUGUGCAUCGCUGGAAUUCCGAUAUUUUUAUUGGAGGUAGCCAUAGGUCAGUUUUCCAGUCAAGGCCCAGUGUCUGUAUGGAAAGCCAUCCCAGCACUGCAAGGUUGCGGGAUUGCCAUGUUGAUAAUAUCUGUCUUGAUAGCCAUAUACUAUAAUAUUAUAAUGUGCUGGACACUGUACUACCUGUUCGCUUCGUUGAAGGGCUCACUACCAUGGGCUAACUGUAAGAAUGAAUGGAACACAAUGGACUGUAAAGACAAAGACAUGCUUCUAUUAGAUACGUGUAUCCUUCGGGAUAGGAACAUUACAUCUAUAAAGAAUUCCACGUAUUGCCUGUCUGCUAAUGCCGUUGGCAAUCUGAGCAGACUUUUAAACAUGACAACAAAUGAGAACAAAACAUAUGUAAGUCCCAGCGAGGAAUACUUCAAAUACAAUGUGCUGCACAUUUCCAAAGGAAUUGAAUUUCCGGGUGAUAUUCGUUGGCCUUUGGCCUUGUGCCUGUUUCUGGCGUGGGUCAUUGUUUACUUCUCUUUGGCUAAAGGAAUUAAGUCAUCAGGAAAGGUGGUGUACUUCACGGCCACAUUCCCCUAUGUGGUUCUGGUCAUCCUCCUUAUCCGAGGUAUUACUCUGCCUGGUGCAUUCGAUGGAAUCAUGUACUUCAUCACGCCUAAGUGGGAGAAGCUCAUCGAUGCAAAGGUUUGGAAGGAUGCUGCAACCCAGAUUUUCUUCUCGUUGUCGGCUGCCUGGGGUGGACUCAUCACACUCUCCUCCUACAACAAGUUCCACAAUAACUGCUAUAGGGAUACCAUCAUAGUGACCUGCACCAACAGUGCCACUAGUAUAUUUGCAGGCUUCGUCAUCUUUUCUGUCAUUGGCUUCAUGGCCCACGAGCUGAAGGUGCCCAUAGACAAGGUGGCAGAUGAAGGUCCUGGCAUAGCCUUUGUGGUUUACCCAGAAGCCCUCACCAGACUGCCCCUGUCGCCUUUCUGGGCCAUCAUCUUCUUCCUCAUGCUGCUCACGCUGGGGCUGGAUACUAUGUUUGCCACCAUUGAGACCAUCGUGACGUCUGUGUCCGACGAGUUCCCUGCAUACCUGCGCAAACACAAGCCCCAGUUCACGCUGGUGUGCUGCUUUUGCUUCUUCAUCCUGGGAUUCCCCAUGAUAACAGAGAGUGGAAUGUAUAUGCUGCAACUUGUUGAUACCUUUGCAGCCUCUUACUCUCUGGUCAUCAUUGCCAUAUGUGAGCUGGUUGGAAUCUCAUACAUAUACGGGUUGCAGAGGUUCUGUGAAGACAUUGAAAUGAUGAUUGGGUUCCAGCCAAACAAGUUUUGGAGGAUCUGCUGGGCUUUUGUCACGCCAUCCAUUCUGACAUUUAUUCUGGGCAUUAGUUUGUACCAGUGGAAGGGGAUGACGUAUGAGGACUACACCUACCCCGGCUGGUCCAUGGUGAUGGGAUGGCUCAUGGUCAUCUGUUCUGUGAUUUGGAUCCCCAUUAUGUUCUCCAUUAAAAUGUAUCUCGCCCCCGGAUCCUUCAGGGAGAGGCUGAAGCUAGUGUGUUCCCCUCAGCCCGACUGGGGCCCCUUCCUGCUCAAGCACCGCGGCGAGCGCUACAAGAACAUGAUCGACCCGCUGGGCACCAACUCCCUGGGGAUCAAACUCCCUCCCAAGGACUUCCAGCUGUCCGCCAAAUAGCAGUAACGCCACCCCCCGCUGCGCUCCAUUUGGGAUUUUGGGUGAGAGCUUGAUAGCCCCCACCCCACUUUUUUCCCCUAACCUCCUCCCUCUUUACCAUUCAUUCUCUUCCUCUUCCUCAACACCCCCCCCCCCCACCCACACCCCGCCAUUUGCUCCCCCUGAGGAGGGUGGCAUUCCAAAAUCCCACUCCCACCAACCCCACAGUUCCAACUCCUGGCUUUGCUUCCCUUCCCCUGGUGAGCACCCUUACUCUCCUCCAGCACGGAGCGUCUCUGCCUCCCUUUACACAGGCACACCGUUCACAGCAGAGCCCUCUCGGAGGGAGGGAGGUUUCUCACUGAGGCAAUAUGACAGAUCACCUGAGGAGGCAGCUGAGACUGCACAGGCAAUAUUCGACUGCAGAGACAGUCGGCUGCCGAGCUGUUGGUUCUUUUGUUUUUGUUUUUGUUUUUGUGUGUGUGUGUGUGUGUUUUUAUUGUCUUUUGUCUGUGCAUGAGUGAUAAGGAAACCACCCACUGAUACAUUGACAAAAUGAACACUGACAGACAGCCGGGCGCUGGUGUUCAUCCCAUGCCAACCAGAUGGAGAUGUUUGAUAGUAUUCCACCUCAAACCUGAUUUGGCAAAUAUAGAUCCAGUAGACGUAGAGUGUGCAGUUAACACUGGUUUAUUUUUAUGGCAAAUAUUAGCUAUGUACCUAUAUCCUCUGAUAUCUGUAACUUGUGCCUCUGGACUCCUAUAGAUAUGCUAUAUUGCAUAGUGCUAAUUGUUUUUCAAUUCUUUCCUUGAUGGAGAAAUGGGUACAUCUUCGCUCUGUCUGCCAGGGGUAAUAUAUAUCAACUUGUUUAUGAGCUAUCAGAGAAAAAAAAAAGCACACUUGUAGCGUAGGAAGCACUAGCGUCGAUUCAUUCUUUAAUCUUUAAAGCAAAUAGAUGCACAGGCAGCCAUACAAAGUUGUAAGUAUAGUUUUAAAUGUUUAAAGUAAUUUUCUGUAGCCAAGUAGCAUUGGUGCAUUAAUGUAUAGACAAAAGUUAUUGCUUAAAAAUAUAUACUGUGAUCUCAUCAUCCAAUCUGUCAAUCCUUCUGAUAUACGCAGCUUGAAAUCAGAAAAAAAACUAUCUAUAUAGUAUAUAUAUAUAUAUGAGUGAUGUGAGAUGUGUAUGACAAACAAUUUUUCUUAUCAGCUGUUGUGGCUGUUUCUUGAAAAAUGUACACUUUUAAAAAGAGUUAUGUGUGUUGACGUAAUGUGUGCUAGUGAUGUUGAAUCCCAGCAAUGUUAUGAGCAGUUGCUAAAGGUUAGUUGAGUAGAGUAGAGUAGAGUAAAAUAGGAUUAGAAAAAAAAAAUAGUUUUGUCUGAAAUCCUGUGGUAGAUGUAUGGGGACCACUUCUCCAUUUGAACUCUUUGUCUCUUGUACUAUGUAUCUUCAUGCAACAGGGUCUCAGGUAUACUUGAUUUAAUUGGCCUUAUUUUCAUAGUUGUACAAUAGACAUCAAUAUUUGGGAACCUGGGUGUGCCUCCAGGUGCUCUUAAAUCUGAAUAAUCAAACCACAAAAAAGCUGAGAUCUGAGAUGUAACAUGAUUCUGUGUGAUGUCUGUGUAGAUCUUAAAAAUAGCACCCAAAUAUGUUAUUUGAUUAGACACAAGAUAUUGAUAAUGGUUGGCUACAUAUAUAGAAAGUCCUUUUUCCCUUUAAUGUUUUAAAGCUGGUGGGAAAAUGCAUUGAAAUGCAUUCAGAAAUCUUAUGCUCAUUAUGCGCGUUAGUGGCCAUGGACGUUGAGUUACAAUCACUGCUCAGCAUCCAGUUGUUGUGGGAGGUUGUGAUUACUGCGAGCAGAAGGACCUCUUUCUGUGUCUGGCUUUGGUCUUCUCUGGUCAGAUUCUUCCCUGUGCGCUGACAUCAUCCCGCACCAAUCACGGGGAGCAUUCCCACAUUCCAAAGCAAUCGGAGUGAUUUGUUUAAACAGCAGACAAGGGAAAUGAGCUUGCCUUCGCAAAACGUAAACAGGUCUUGAUUAAAAUGGCCCACUGUUGAUUCAUGGGACCGAGAGUCCUGGAGGCAUGAGCCUACCGAACGGGCUGUGGAGUUAAUUGGAGUCUGCGUAUACAAUGCAAGCAAUAUGGCAGCCGUAACACUGAGAUUUACGGGUCCGCUCGGGCCGAUGCAUGCGUUUUCAUAGCCAUGAAAUGAAGGGCAACGCACAAGCGUGUUCCACUAAUCAUGGCUUAACAGUGCAGUGACAUACACAUGAACCUUGAGGGACAAGAGGGACAAAAAAUCGCUUUAUUAUAUGUGCAAAAAUGUUGCUUUUCCCAGUGAUGUUUAGUGUUCUUUAUCUGUGUUUUGUUUUGAUUGUCUGUAUAUG